GGUUCCUCGAGUGUUGGCUGCCGGAGGGUGGGCAGGCUGGCGGCAGGUGCCGCCGAGGCCACCGCCGCAGCCUGCUCCGGGUCCCGGGUCUCCUAGUCCUCCGGUGGUGAUGAGCUGGACUCCGUCGGGGGCUGCACCUGCUGGCUGCCCAUCACUCCGAGCCUCCCGGCGUGACCUCGGCCUCCUAUCGUGCCCGAUCCCCGCGGCGUGGUGCUGCCCCUGAGAGGGAGCGGCAGCGGCCUCCUCCGCCCCGAGUCCUCGCUUGGGGGCCGCGCAGGAAGAGCGCCCGGCUCCCUCCCCUCCCCCGUCCGCUGUCCUCAAUGUCUCCCCGGCGGGGAGGGGGCUGCCUGGGAGACGCGCUGAACGGCACCCCCCGGAGGCCCGUCGGCCGUAGCAGCAGCGCCCAGCCCGUCGCCCCGCAGCCUUACCCCGCGGCGGCGGCGGCCUGGAGGAGCCGCGCACCCGCCGCCGCUCCCGGAGCCUCGCAGCCGCCGCCGCCACCCGGCGCCCGAGGAGAAGGCGGCGGGCGUCCCCCCGGGAAGAUGAAGGCGGAGGGGGGUGACCACUCCAUGAUCAACCUGUCGGUGCAGCAGGUCCUGAGCCUUUGGGCCCACGGGACGGUGCUGAGGAACCUCACGGAGAUGUGGUAUUGGAUCUUUCUCUGGGCUCUCUUCUCCUCUCUGUUUGUCCAUGGUGCUGCAGGAGUGUUGAUGUUUGUGAUGCUGCAGAGGCAUAGGCAGGGGAGAGUAAUCUCUGUCAUUGCAGUCAGCAUCGGAUUUCUGGCUUCUGUAACUGGAGCAAUGAUUACUAGUGCCGCAGUAGCAGGCAUUUACAGAGUAGCAGGGAAGAACAUGGCCCCCUUGGAAGCGCUGGUAUGGGGCGUUGGACAGACUGUACUGACAUUGAUCAUCUCCUUUUCAAGGAUCCUCGCUACACUUUGAGGUUUCUGUGGAAAUGACUUACUUCACAUAAAGAAACAGAUGUACAGAUUCUCUGAAAAAUGGCACUGUUAGCAAGUGGGAAUGAAAUUACACAAGAAUCUUGGAAGGAGCAGGUCGGAAUGUAAGGCCUUGAGCUGUGUGGAAAGAUUGCCCUCUGGUGUUCAAGUGAUUGCACUACCGCACUGCACCUUAUGUGCCUCCAUCCCAGGCAAGGCGAAUUACACUAUGAGAAGCUACAAGAAAAAGCACCUUGUUUAGCUGCCAAUCAGGUUAACACUGGUGUUGAAUCAUCAUUUUUAACAGUGUUGUGUUUAAGUUACAGGGACAUUUUGAAGAAUUGAUAUAUGUGCCAAAUUCUUCUUUUUUUACAAAUUGAUCAUGUGACAGUUUGCAAGUGUAGAUGUAGAUGAGUGCUGUGAACAUGUUUGACUUGAAUUCAGGUAAUGUAGUGAGAUUUUUGUUUUGUAAAGCUAAGUCCUGUAUGAGUGCUGAAUACUGAAUCAUUUAUUAUGGGAUAAAUUAUUUGAUUUUCAUUGUUGAACGUUUCUGGGAUUUAGGGCUUUAAUAUGUUUAGGCAUUGUUAUUUAAUUUAUGUGGAAAAUAAUACUUAAUGGAAAACUAGCUGAACUCUUAAGGACUCAAAGUAGAUCUAUAGGGUGCAUCCUUUUCACUCACUUAUAUAACACCCUUUUAAUAGUUUCCCUCAUACAUAAAUGUUCUAUUGAUAUAAAUUCAAAAACUUUAUGGGUAACACACACUGAUUAUAUUUCGUGUGUCAUAAAAAUAUCAUUUGAAAGUUUUCUUAUAAAUUUUGUUAGAAGUCUGAAAUGCAUGUUCUUUGACCCUCCUAAAGAAAGUUUUUGCCUUGUAUCUCGUGGAGAAAACAUCUUUAUAACUAGUAUCUCAGUGGGAUUAUAUUACUUGUUGCAAAUGUCUGGGUUUUUGACAAAAUGUAAACAAUUUUUCAUUCUGGAGUAUUAAAUAUAUUUAAGAAUGGCCUAAAUUAGGCUGUGAAAACAAAAAGCCUCAUUUGUAGAUAAGUACAGUAAGUUAUAUAGGGAGAUUAAGAAAUUCUCUUACUUUGGAUAUGUGGUAACAUACUUUCAACUAAGAAUUGGAGAAUUUAGUAAAUAAUUUUAAAAUUUGGCAGUUAUUCUCAGUAUAUCAAAACAGUACUGAAAUAUAUUUGGAUGUUUCAUUUUAGUUGUUCAGUUCUUGAUUAUUUAAGUUUAUUAGAAUGUGAGGACAUUUAUUAGAAAUGAAAAAGCCCUUAGUAUAAAAUAUUUUAAGAAGUUUUGGCAACCUAUACUUAUUUUUAAGAAUAUAGGAAGUAAGGGAAACAGAACCUGAUUGAACUUACCUUCUACUGAUAAUUUUUAGUACCAAGUACAAUUAGAAAUGUGCUAACUCAAAGGAAGAGCCAUUGCAGAGAAUAUGAAUUAAGGACAAUCCAAAAAAAAUAAUCUGCACACUCUAGCCUUGCUUUUUAUAACGUGAUAUGGUAAAAAGUAGGUUUCUAUUAGGUCCCAAAUUUAAGACCUUUGUUACCCACACUACUUUUCCUUUACCAAAUAAACAAACAAAAAAGCAAACAACCCCCCUCCCCCCAGGAAACAUAACAACUUAACAGUGAAAAAUUGGUAGGGGCAAGCGGUAGGUACUUUUACCAGUAGGGAAGCCAAAUUGGGGGAUUUUCUAAUGCUGUGGCUUAGAAAUUUGACUUAAAAAGAAAACAGCAGCUAUGCAUUCUUAGAGAUCUUUGAUCUUAAAAUUAAUUUUAUAUUAUGUAUAAUCCUGAAAUUAUUUUCAUGUGUUCUUUAUAUUUUUGAUGAUUUUCCAAUUGAAUUUAGGCAUAAAUUUUCCAAAUUGAUUUGAUUUCUCCUUUUCUGUUAGACUUGAAUUUAAUGUUCUUUCUUUACUUUGGCUAAUCUGUCAAAAAACUUAGUGUUUGAAUUCUUUGAGAGGAAUUACCAAUAACAUAUUGAAGAUAUACAAAAUGAAUAUUUUAACAUAUGGUUAUGUUACAAUUUAAGAAAGUUAUGGUAAGGUAAUAUGGAGCAUGUGGUUUAGAAUCCAAAAUCAACCAGAAAAUAACUUGGAUACAUAAAUGUAUGAAUGCAUGGACCAAAGAGAUUUAAACUCCUGUUUUUACUCUAAAAUGAAAGUAUAGCUGGAUGGUUAAUAAUUAAUUUCUAGAAUGUCCUAAUCUCAUUAUCAAGUUACUCUACAUUAUGAAUUGUGUGUGUGU